AUGGCUCCGCAAGUCCACUACUACGACAUCCCCGACUUCCGCUUCCAGGACGGCACGGUCCUGCCGGUCGCCCGGAUCGCGUAUCUCGACAUCAACCCGUCCGCGUCCAAGCUCGCCCUGAUCCCGACCUGCUUCAAGGGCACCCUCCACUCGACACUCAACUUCUGCACCAGCGCCCUGCGCGACCACCGCAUCAUCGUCGCCGCGCAGUUCGGCAACGGCGAGUCAUCGAGCCCGUCAAACACGAGCUCCUCGUUCCCAGCCAGGCUCGACUACCGCGACAGCGUGGCCGCCCAGCACGCCCUCCUCACGCAGCAUCUCGGCAUCACGACGACGACGCCCAUCGAUGUAGUGGUGGGCUUCUCCAUGGCUGGGCAGUGCGCGUACUACUGGGCCGCGACGCACCCGACCCUGGUCAAGCGCGCCGUCAUCAUCUGCUCCUCGGCCCGCACGAGCGGACACAACCGGCAGUUCCUCGAAGGCCCCGCCGCGGCGCUCGAGAACGCCAUCGACUACGCGGGAAAACAGGUCGCGCCGGGCCAGGCGCGGGCGCUCGAGUCUCCCCGCGGUGUGCGCGCCUUCGCCAAGGCGUACUCGGCGUGGUUGACCAGCGCGGAGUGGUACGACCAGGAGAAGUGGCGCGAGCUGGGGUACAACUCGCUCGCCGAGUACGACGAGGACGCCACGGGGGCCCGGUACAGGGGCAGCUUCCCGGACGACCUGCUGGCGAUGCUGCGGGCGUGGCAGGCGGGCGAUGUGGGCGUGUGCUUUGGCGGGGGGGAGGGUGGUGAUGUCGGGCUGCCGCUCGAGGAUGCCCUGGGGCAGAUCGAGACGCCGGUGUUGCUCAUGCCGUGUCCGACGGACCAGUAUUUCCGCUGGGAGGCGAGCGAGCGGGAGGCCGCGAUGCUCAGGAACGGGCGGCUCGAGGUGAUCCCGUCGGUCUGGGGCCACCUCGCAGGCGCCGGCGUGGAUCCGAAAGCUGCGGCCUGGAUGGACGACAAGAUUGCAGAGUUCCUCGGCGAGAGCUAG